UUCUUCAGGAGAGAAGGCUUCUCGUCAGCCUGUUGUUUCCUGGUCCUGCGUACUUUCGUCUCUCGCAGUGAUUAUCUAACCAGGUUUUGAACUGGUUUUCGCUUUCUGCCGUGGCUACAUUGUCUGGUAGUGAGUUCCAGUUGCUAUCAGUUCUGAUAUACUGACGGCUUGACUUGUCACCCGAGAUGGGUUCUGACCAGAGCACGCCGAUCAGCCCGCCCGAGCCGAGGAGAGGCGCGGAGGAUGACGUCCCCUACACGUCCUUCUCCGUGAACAGACCGGUGGACGGCGAGAGCGACAGUACGGCAAAGUUCAUCAGCAAAACACAGGAACAAGCCAAACACAAGGCGAGUAUGAAGGACAUAGUUGUUGUAGCAGAGGGACAGCACAGCUACCAGUCCACCGAUCCAGAACUGAUCAAGAUCCAGGAGAUCCCAACCUUCCUGCCGAUCAUGCGAGGAUCCCUCAACGUCCCCAACAUGCGCGAUCCGGACGUGCUGGACAAACUGGACUCAAAGGAAGUGUUGAAGAUGUGUCUGAGAUAUCAGGAACACAUGAAGCAGUGUGCAGAGGCCGUGGCUUUCGACCAGAACUCACUCACCAACAGAACAAAGGAGAUGGAUUUUGCCAUAGCAGCUCUCACUAACAUGAUGACAGACCACCAGAAGAAGUACGCCAAGUACGCCGAACAGAUCAUGAAGAUAAACGAGAUGUCUCAGACUCUGAAACGCUGCCAAAUGGCCGUGGACCAACUCUUGCCACUGAUGGACAGACUGAACAGUGUUUUACCAGAGGAGCAGAGAUUAGAACCCUUUUCCAUGAGACCAGAGAGACCUGCGACAGAGGAGCAAGCUUCUUCUAGUAGACACUCCUCUGUGUCUAGUGUGCAUUAGUGUACAUGUAUGUGUAGAUUAAAGAUUUUAAGGAUAACAUUAAGCCAAAAUCUUGCUAAAAAAAAACUUGCACUUGGUGCAAGCAUGUCUAACCCCCGGUUUGGGGAAAAUCGAUGUUAAAAUUUCGAUUUAAAAAUGAUGUACAGUAUAUAGCAUGGAAGAAAGUGCAAGAUACAAAAGUAAAAGUCUUAUUCCAAGGUGAA